AUGCAAUUGUUUACUGCCAAUAGUCAUCAAUGGCAUCGUCAACGACUCGUUAUUAAUCCAGCAUUUUCGGCUGCAAAGCUCAAACUUAUGACACCUUUGGUUAAUGAAUGUAUCGAAUCAUUUAUGAACAAGUUGUCAGAAAAAUGUGAAGAACAACAAGAAUUUAAUAUUUAUCUAAUUUACAAACGAUUGACUAUGGACGUCAUUUGUCGAUGUGCGUUCGGAAUCAAUACAAAUAUGCAAACGGAUAUAGACAAUGAAUACAUGCAUAAAGCUGAAGCUGUUACGAACGAAAAUUUCGAAAAUAAUCCUUUGAUUCGAUUGAGUUAUUUGAUGCCAUGGCUUAUUCCCGUUCUCUCCUAUAUCGUUAUUGGCCAAGCUAUUUUCAUGCAAUUUCUACAUAAAUGGAAGAAAAGUGCUGAAGAAUUGCCACGCUUUUGGUUUGUGAAUCGUUUGCGUCAUGUAAUCGACGCUAGAGUAUCGUCUGAUGAAACCAAACGUCGUAUUGAUCUUCUUCAACUCAUGCUCGAUGCUGCUACACCUAAUCAAAUAAAGAAUGAUAAUAAUGGCGAUGUUAUGUCGAAAAAGCUUCACUAUGAUGAGGUCAUCAUCAAUGUAUUUUCGUUCAUGAUUGCUGGUUACGAAACAACAUCGACGGCACUUACUUAUUGUACAUAUAUUUUGGCAACACAACCUACCAUUCAAGAAAAACUUCGUGCAGAAAUCGAUAAACAUCAAGACAAAAAUGAAAGUGACUAUGAUCGAAUUCAUAAUAUGAUCUAUCUCGAUUUGUUUAUACGAGAAGUUUUACGAAUGUUUCCCAUUGUACCUAAAACCGUAUUAAGAGAAUGCAAUACAACAACGACUGUUUGUGGUUACAUCAUAGAAAAAGGAAGUGUUAUUCGACCGGAUAUGUUUUCGCUGCAUUAUGAUGCAGACUUAUGGGGUCCUGAUGAUCCGAAUUUGUUUAUACCUGAACGACAUUUGACUCCACGACAUCCUAUGGCAUACAUGCCAUUUGGUCAAGGUCCACGCAAUUGUGUUGGAAUGCGAUUUGCACUUGUGGAACUCAAAUUAUGUUUGACUCGUCUUCUUUGUCAAUACAUCAUCUUGCCUGGUGAUGAAAUGGAACAAAAAUUCAAAGUUCAUGAGAAAUAUGAACGAGCCGAUAAAUAUUAUCAAGAAACUUUGUCAUUAUUCGAUCAAUAUUUACCUAUAGGAUAUCCUGAUCGAAUCCGUGCACGACAAAAGAUAGCUACCAUUGAACGAUUCUAUUGCUGUAAAUCAGCCAUGGCCUUAGAAGAUUAUGAAGAUUGUCUAUAA